AUGGAAUUAUUCUGUGAAGAUGAAGGAAUAACGGACAAGCCAAAGAAAGCGCUGAAGAUUUUGCGGGGCAUAGGUGACGAAGGCUUACGACGCCUAAAUGCUAGUGGGUUGUCUGAUCCAGAUAAGAAAGAUCCAGAUAAACUCUGGGCGCUUUUUCAAGAUCAACUACGCAUAGCUGUCAACCCACGAGUGAAAAGGCUGCAAUUACGCAACUACCUGCAGAAGAAAGAUGAAACUCUUGAUGACUUUGUGAAUAGAACACGAACCUUAGCUAAUGAAUGUGGUUUUGAGACCAAAGCUGCUGCUGUUGCUGAAGGCCGCAAACACGAGGCCAUAGUUGCUGGCCACAAGAGCAUAACGUCAGCACUCACGCAAGAAUCUGGCGCAGCUGCAAGGAUGGAUGUUGAUGCUGUCAAGUCGAGGCCGAGUCGCCAGCCAUGCGGCAACUGCCUGCUUCAUCACAAACCACGCCAGUGCCCUGCCUAUAAUGAUGAAUGUAAGGCCUGUGGGACUCUUGGCCACUGGGAAAAAUGUUGCAGAAAAUCGAAAAAUGGACGGAAGCCCUAUCAAAAUGCUGAGCGACGUGGUAGACGUGGUAGUGGUACUGGUAGAAGAGGUAACAGGAGGCCUGUUCACGAAAUUGGCUACACAGAUGAACGAGAUUCCGACCAGAGUGACCCAGAAACACUUGGUCUACAGCAGUUCAGCUCCAUCAAAAUAUCAAGUGCGUGUUUAGAUGCACUUCGUACUGGGGUCAAACCUGAAACAGAAGCCUACGUCAACUUGGAUGUGAGAAUCCCAGACAUAAAAGGAACGCAUCUUUUGGAGCUGAAGAUAGAUACUGGCGCAUCAGGAAACACCCUGCCUGUCCGCACAUACAAACAAAUGUAUGGGAAAACAGCUACCAAGCAGAGACUGAAACCACUUGUCAACACUGUACUCACAGCCUACAGUAGUCAGCGUAUAUCCUGCUGGGGGACAAUAAUCAUAAAAUGCAGGUACAAGGACCAGCCAUUUCAGGAUGUUACCUUCUAUGUCGUUGAUGUUCCAGGGCCAGCUGUCCUAGGCCUGCCGUCAUGCCGCUCUAUGAAGCUUGUUACGAUCCACUGUGAUGCACAGACUAUUUCAACCCCAGAGACCAAACAGGCUAAACCCAUAAAGUCUGUUGCGGAUUUGAUGAGGGCAUACCCAAACCAGUUUGAUACCAUUGGUAAUCUCGGGAAACCAGUCAAGCUACACCUGAAAGAAGAUGCUGUGCCAUUCCAAGACCCCCCACGAAAGUAUGCCAUCCACAUGAAGCCAAGACUCAAAACCGAGCUGGAUCACAUAGAAAAGAUGGGUGUAAUCAGGAAACUCAACAAAGCACUCAAGAGAUGCCCGCACAAGAUACCCACCAUUGAAGAAAUCAACCAUGCACUAGCCAGAUGUACCGUAUUCAGCAAACUUGAUGCAAAAUCAGGAUACUGGGCCAUACCCCUGGAAGAAGAAAGCCAGCUUCUCACCGACCUCAGGACUCCAUUCGGACGGUAUUGCUGGACCCAUCUACCGUUUGGCUUGGCAGUGAGCCAAGACAUCUUCCAGAGCAGGAUGGACGAUGUCUUAGAAGGCCUGACAUGCACCGUAGGCAUAGCAGACGACGUAAUCGUAGGAGGUGAAGGUGAUGCGCACCAUGAUAGCAACCUGGUAGCCCUGAUGGAAAAGUCUGGACCAGCUGGUGUCGUCUUCAACAGUACAAAGUGUCUCAUUCGAAAGCCGUCGGUACCAUUCUUUGGUAAUUUGUACAGUAGUAGAGGCGUGCGACCUGAUCCCGGGAAGGUGAAAGAUAUCGCUGAGAUGCCCGUACCUCAGGACAAGGACGAUCUCCAUCGAUUCCUGGGCAUGAUGACAUACCUGAGUCCGCACAUACCAAACUACAGUGCCGAGGCAUGUAUUCUCCGUGGCCUACUGAAGAAAGACGUUCCGUUUGAGUGGUCUGAAGACCAUCAGAAACAGUUUGAGCACCUUAAAACCCUCAUCUCUAGUGACUCCACCCUGGCUUACUAUGACCCGAAGCAGCCAGUGACCCUCGAGGUUGAUGCAUCCCAGAAAGGACUCGGUGCAGCUCUACUCCAGCAUGGUCGGCCUGUUGCUUUUGCAUCCAAAGCCCUAUCAGACACUCAGUCAAGAUACUCGAACAUAGAGCGUGAAGCACUUGGUCUCGUUCAUGGCAUUGAGCGGUUUCACACAUACCUUUACGGCCGAUUUUUUACCGCUAUCACGGACCACAAGCCCCUUGUGAUGCUAAAAGAGAAGCCUCUCUACCGACUACCAGGCCGCCUAGAUCGAAUGUUCCAGAAAAUUGGAGGAUACAACUUUGAACUAGUUUAUCGCCCCGGCUCCGAGAUGAUUCUCUUUGAUGUGCUAAGUCGCCUGCCCAACCCGUCAAAUAAUACUGAAGUAAAACUAGCUACCAGAGUCCAUUCUGUCGCAGCUGAUGUAGUGCCAGAAACUUACCAGGAUCAAGAGAUAGAGGGUGACACGAUCAACCAAGACCUUGUCCACUGUGGAAUCUACAAACCACAGCAACUCCGUGACCUCACAAGCAGCGAUCCAGUCCUGCAGCAAUUAAGCGAGUACAUCUGGAGAGGCUGGCCAGCAAAACAGCAUGAUCUUCCAGCACCAUUAAGGCAGUCCUGGUCAUACAGAGAUGAGCUAGCUAUUGAGGAUGGUAUACUGUUCAAGGAAAAGCAAGUCGUUAUUCCAGAGACACUUCGAAAAAACAUCCUCGAACAGCUCCACGAUGCUCACCAGGGCAUUGAGAAAACAAGAAGGCUGGCGAGGGAAUUGGUAUACUGGCCAACAUUAACAAAGAUGUGGAAGAUCUUGUCUCGAAAUGCAGUACUUGCCAGGAGUACCGACCUCAAGACAAGAAGGAGCCCCUUAUCCCGCAUGAGAUUGCCAAAGGACCAUGGAUGA